UGGGGGCAGCGCUGAGAAGCAGGCCCCGGCCCCAAAGGGGGGGGGCAGCUCUGUGAAGGUUAGACACAUUCUGUGUGAGAAGCACAGCAGAGUCAUGGAGGCCAUGGAGAAGCUGAAAUCUGGAGUGCGUUUCAGUGAAGUAGCCUCACAGUACAGUGAAGAUAAAGCCAGACAAGGGGGAGACUUAGGCUGGAUGACCAGAGGUUCCAUGGUGGGACCUUUCCAGGAAGCAGCAUUUGCCUUGGCAGUCAGUAGUAUGGACAAGCCAGUGUACACAGACCCGCCCGUCAAAACGAAGUUUGGAUACCACAUAAUUAUGGUUGAAGGGAGAAAAUAAAACACAAAAGAGUGAAUUUGA